AUGCGAUGGCCGUGGUCACGCAACGACGAUGACCAAAAGAAAGGUGGACUCGCAGAUUGGAUCGCGCCAGCGAAGCCAAACAACUGGUCAAGCGCGCUGUAUGAGCCGAGGACCCUGAUUCCGGCGAUCGCGCUCACAGUCUCGACGGUUGCUGGUGUCCGGCUCUACAAGUCCUACCUGCGUCGCAUCCCAACCGUCAACCACAUCAAGCCAAACUACUACCGCCGCAAAGGUGUAUUUGGCCAAGUCACGAGUGUUGGAGAUGCAGAUAACUUCAGGUUAUUCCACACGCCAGGUGGGAGAAUAGCUGGGUGGGGUAUCUUGCCCUGGAAGAAGGUGCCAUCAAAAAGAGAGGAUCUCGUCAGGCAGACACUACACAUUCGGAUUGCUGGAGUCGACGCUCCAGAACUUGCACACUGGGGCCGAGAAGCUCAGCCGUAUUCGAAAGAGGCCCAUGAAUGGCUCAUCAAUCUGAUCCAUAACCGCCGAGUACGCGCCUACAUAUACCGACGUGAUCAAUACGAUCGCAUCGUCGCCCAAGUUUUUGUGCGCAAAUGGCUUUUCAGGAAAGACGUUGGAUUGGAGAUGCUGAAGGCUGGAUUGGCUACCGUAUACGAGGCCAAAACAGGUGCUGAAUUCGGUACCGCUGAAGAAAAAUAUCGUGCUGCAGAAAGGAAGGCUCGCGAGAACAGGGUCGGGAUGUGGUCAAAGCCAAACUUCAUACAGAGGAUGGGAGGCGCCAGCAGUAAGACACUGGAGAGCCCACGCGAAUACAAGAAUCGGCACACCGCUGCAGACAAGGCAGAUAAGGCAAAGAAGGCAUGA